AUGGCGGCAGUGGGGGAAGGGGGCGCCUGCCAGCCGCCGAGCGCCUGUGUGGCGGGGUGGGGGGGCACGCCCCCAAUGGCCACCCGCGCUGAGGGGGGCUGCGCGCCCCCUGCCGGCCGCCCGUGCUUCCUGCAUCGUUUACCCAUGGUUUUAGUAAAAGAAAUCAAGCAAUUGUUAGCCUAUAUUUUGGAACAAAAUGAGUUGAGCAAAAGAAUAGAUAAAAGAAAAAGUCUCUCAGAAGAGAAGAGUCAAAGUAAAAUAAGAAGAGGAAUUAGAAAAAAUCUAUUGACAAGACAUAAUAAUCAUUUAAAAACACAAGGAAAGGAAAAUUUCACAGAUGAAGGUGAACAUCUAUUUAAAAUGGGCAUCAAGAUUCUCCAGCAGUCUAAAAGCCAGAAACAAAAAUCAGAAGCCUACUUACUCUUUGCCAAAGCAGCUGACAUGGGGAACUUGAAAGCAAUGGAGAAAAUGGCUGAUGCCUUACUGUUUGGAAAUUUUGGCACGCAGAACAUAACAGCAGCUGUCCAGUUAUAUGAGUCCUUGGCCGAAGAAGGAUCGUACAAAGCCCAAAACGUAUUGGGAUUUUUGUCUUCUUAUGGAAUAGGAAUGGAAUAUAACCAAGCAAAGGCACUGAUAUAUUACACUUUUGGAAGUGCUGGAGGAAGCAUGAUGUCACAAAUGAUUCUGGGGUACAGACAUCUCGCCGGAAUCAACGUUCUACAGAAUUGCGAAGUUGCCCUACAUCAUUACAAGAAAGUGGCAGAUUAUAUUGCUGACAAACUGGAAAAAACUGAAGGUAUCCCAGUAGAAAAAGUGAGACUCACCGAACGGCCUGAAAACCUGAGUUCCAACAGUGAGAUUUUGGAAUGGGAUGUAUAUCAGUACUAUAAAUUUCUGGCAGAAAGAGGAGAUGUUCAGAUACAAGUAUCCCUUGGACAGUUACAUCUAAUUGGAAGGAAAGGUCUAGAUCAAGAUUACUACAAAGCAUUGUACUAUUUCUUAAAGGCUGCAAAGGCAGGGAGCGCAAAUGCCAUGGCAUUUAUAGGAAAGAUGUACUUAGAGGGGAAUGACGCAGCUCCUCAAAAUAAUGCUACUGCCUUCAAGUACUUUUCCAUGGCAGCUAAUAAGGGCAAUGCAAUUGGUCUUCAUGGACUUGGUCUUCUUUACUUUCAUGGAAAAGGUGUUCCUGUGAAUUAUGCAGAAGCAUUUAAAUACUUCCAGAAAGCUGCAGAGAAAGGAUGGCCCAACGCACAGUUUCAGUUAGGUUUUAUGUACUACUCUGGCUCUGGAGUUUGGAAGGAUUAUAAACUUGCCUUCAAAUAUUUUUACUUGGCAUCUCAGAGUGGACAGCCCCUUGCCAUUUAUUAUCUGGCCAAGAUGUACGAUUCAGGAACAGGAGUGCUACGAUCCUGCAGAACUGCUGUGGAGAAAAAGCUAAAAUUCUUGAGAAAGAAAAGAUGUAUCCGAUGGCACUUCUCCUGUGGAAUCGAGCUGCCAUUCAAGGACGUUCAGUUGGCCAGGAGAUUAUAUGAUAUGGCUGCUCAAACAAGUCCAGAUGCACAUAUACCCGUUUUCUUUGCCCUCUUGAAACUGGAAACUCUACAUUUCCUCCAAGAUAACCUGUUUAACAUUACAACAAGGUGGAAAAUGAUGACAGUGGACAAUCCCCUAGGACCAUACUGGGAUUUAUUUGUGAUCGGCCUACUUGUUGCCUCACUUAUCAUCUUGCUAAGAAAUCAACGUGGGUAG